AUGCGCGCCUUCCUCAUCCUGCUCCUGGUACUGGUGACUCUCGUCGCUACUGUCGCGGUAUCUGCAAGCAACCAUCAAACCUCCCAGAACCUAAAUCAACCGACCGAUGCUCCAGAGUCCGAGACUGCCCAGGGGCGAAUGUUGCUGCGAACUGCUUUCGACGACUUCGAAGAGAGGGGGGUCAUGGACUCUCCCAAGAAGAUGGGAAAGUCAACCGUCAAGUCCUACCACAAGGUAGGACUUGACGGUUACGUGAACAUUAAGUCUGGCGCUUUGGACAUGGAGAAAACGACGAGCACGUUCCUCACCAAGAGCUUCAACCCCGACCAGGUGCACAAGUGGUUGCAACUGGAUGACGGACGCAGUAGUUGGCACGUGCGCGAAUUUAUGACCUGUACAAGGCGAAGUAUAUGGUACCCUGGGUGGAAAUCCAGGUUUAAUUAG